GAUAAAAUAUAAGCAACCAGUAAAAUAUAGCUGCACAGGGGAGUAGGGGUCAAAUUGCAGUCCUUAAGAGAGGAAAAAAAAAAAAAACCUGCAGUUAUCCUGGAAGCAAGUGACCUGGAAGGAUCUUGUAGAUGUAAACAAGGUCGAACCUGGCCACGACAACAGAGGAAUCUAACAGGUGUAUGUUAAAGGAAGAUUUUCUCCGCAAAUAUUGAUAGUAGAAAAUGAUGUUCUUCUGAUCCAUAGCAUAAAAGGUGAAAUUGUCUUAGACUUCAACGUUUGUGUUGGUCCCAUAAGUAAUCUUUCACGGUACCACCAAAGUAUCUUCUUGUCUUUUUAUGAAGAAAUCCAUUUUUACCGGUGAAGGUCUCAGUUCGGCCGCAUCCAUGCCAUUUACUUAUACAUACCUGGAUAUAUUUAUAUACUCCACGUGCCUUCUGUGUGUCUCAACCUAGGCAGCCACACUCCUCCCCAACUUCUGUCCCUAAGCUAAAAGCACAUCUCUCUUUAACAUGGCUUUACAUCAAAUAUCAGAAACUUGUGCUGAACAUAAGAUUUCAGUAGCUGAUGAAGAUGCUCAGAAAGUCCAGAGAUUGCGGCGAGCUCAAUGGCUCCGAGCAGCUAUUCUGGGAGCUAAUGAUGGUUUGCUUUCCACUACAUCACUAAUGCUUGGCGUAGGUGCAGCAAAGGAAGAUAGCCGGUCCAUGGUCUUGUCUGGACUGGCUGGGGCUCUUGCAGGUGCCUGUAGCAUGGCUGUUGGGGAGUUUGUUUCAGUCUCAACCCAGAGAGAUAUCGAAAGGGAAACUGUAAGCGAUUUCAGUUCAAAAAAUGAUGGAAAAGAUUCUCCUGGAAUCAGACUCGAUGUCACAGCAACGCUAGCAAGCACGAAUGGAGAAGCGAAGCUGGAUGAUCCCCCUGGAAAUAUACAGUUUGCCAAGCUCAUCUCUGAGCCAACACAGAGAAGGUCACCAAGUAUGAUCCACGAGCCAAAGUUGCCUCCGGGUAUUUCUCCUGGAAGAUCUCCUGCAAUGAAAAUAAUUCAAGAAGAUGCGAGGAAAAGUGCUGAAAUAAUGCUGGAGGAUGACAGAGAGGAGGUGCUAACAAACCCCUACAAGGCUGCAAUUGCAUCAGGUUUAUCAUUUUUGAUAGGAUCUUGUGUGCCUUUGCUGUCUGCCAUUCUUGUUGCUCAAAAUGUUGUUAGUAUUGUGAUGAUUCCUGUGGUUGCAUCAGUAGCUCUGGCUUUUUUUGGAGGCUUGGGAGCUUAUCUUGGCGGUUCACCAGUUAGGAUAUCUGCAGUAAGAAUUCUUCUUGGAGGUUGGAUUGCCAUGGCAAUUACUUACGGGUUGCUCAAGCCUUUCGAUAAGGAUCGUAGUUGAUGAUUUGGAUUAUUACCAUCAUUAUUGUAAAAGAAGCUGCUUGGAAAAACAGAAAAAAGGUUUUGGUUUUUCAUAUAAAGACAAAGCUUUCGAUUCUUGCUUGCUUCAUGCUGGAUGUUUGUAUUGUCUAAAGAUACUGGUAUACUAACACAUAAAUGUUAGACCAUUAAUACUCCUUCAUGGCA